UUUGACUAAUAAAUACUAUAAAUGUGUCUUAAAAUACUUAAUCUUCUGUUAUGUCAAUGUUGUGUAUCAUCUAAUAAGAAAAAGAAGAAAAAAGAUAAAAACAAACAAAGCAUUAAACAAGUGAUGAGACAAACAAAACCAUCGGAUAAGACUAAAAUCGGUUGGUUUACAAUAAGUGGCGAAAAACUAACUUAUAGUCAAAUUGAUAACAAAGAUCUGACUCAAGAAUAUUAUAUUCCUCGAGAUUUUAAAUCUGAAGACGAAUGCGUCAGAUUCAAGGGAUGGAAAAUUAAGGAAGAGAUCGGAUCCGGUAGUUAUGCUAAAGUCUGGGAAGCCAUCAAUAUUGAAAAUCCUGAUAAAAUUGUUGCCAUAAAGAUACUGCCAUUUAAUGAUAAUGUCAUCCAAAGCAAUAAAAUGAAACAAAGAAAUUGGGAUAAUUUUAAACAGGAAUUAGUUUUAUUAGUCCGAGAAAAACAUAAAAAUAUUGUCGAAGUUUUCGACCAUUUUAUUAUUUACGAAAGUUGUGAUAAAUAUAAUUGUUAUAUUGUUAUGGAAUUGGCUAAACAGGGAUCAAUUCUUAAACAGAUUAUAGAUGAAAAUCAUGAAUACAAUGACUCUCUGUAUAAACCAUUGUCCGAAAUCAAAGUAAAAUCAUAUUUCAGAGAUACAGCCUUUGGUUUACAGUAUUUGCACAAUAAAAAUAUUACACAUAAAGAUCUUAAAUUAAGUAAUCUAUUGGUAUUUAUUGAUAAAAGCGGUCAAGAAAUGGUCAAAAUUGCCGAUUUUGGGACGAGUCGGGUCAGCUAUAAAGAAGAUGUGGUCAAAGAUUAUAAAUGUUACGGAACUGUUGAUUAUAUGUCACCACAAAUAUUCAGGAUUUAUGUUUACAUUCAAAUCGGACAGAAAAUAGAUGUACUCAAGAAAUACAAUCCAUUUGAAGCCGAUCUCUGGUCACUCGGUGUCUGUCUUUAUGUCAUGAUUUGCGCCAAAAUACCAUUUCUGCCCAAAGAUUGUGAUUCAUAUCAUGAAGUAAACCAAAAUAUAAAGACUUAUAAAUUUAUUUAUAGAAAUAUGAUUAAUAAAAGAUAUGAAAUAUCAGAUCAGACAAUAAAUACUUAUACGGAUCAAUGUUUAGAUAUUUUGUCACAACUAUUACAUCCAAAUUCAAGUGAUCGCAUCAAAAUUGACGCCGUUUUGCAACAUAAGUGGCUCAACAGUCAAACAAACGAUGAAAAUUAUGAGAUUAUUACUUAA